AAAAAAGCAUAGAGAGAGAGAGAGAGAGAGAGAGAGAGAGAGAGAGAGUAAAUGGAACGAUGGCAGUUAAUUUCUCUGUGCGUGCUUGCAUUAUGGAUUGCGAUUUCGUCAAUUUUUAACAUUACCCAAAAGAUCAGAUCUUUUGCACAGCCAUGGGUGACCAACCGUGUGCUGUCCGACACACCCAGUAUCAUCAAGAUCCAGAAAUACCAGCACAGGCAUCUAGAUUCCUUGUUUUCUGGGUUGUCAUGUGUUGUUUCUGUGCCUUUCUACACUGCCUUUCUUCCAUUGCUUUUCUGGACAGGGCAUUGCAAAUUGGCUAGGCAAAUGACUCUCUUGAUGGCCUUUUGUGAUUAUAUUGGGAACUCUGUAAAGGAUGCGGUGUCAGCACCCAGGCCAAAGUGCCCACCUGUUAGAAGAAUAACGGCCACCAAAGAUGAGGAAGAUAAUGCGAUGGAAUAUGGAUUGCCAUCCUCACACACUCUUAAUACUGUUUGCUUGUCAGGAUACCUGUUACACUAUGUGCUGGCCUACACUGAAAGUGAUGUUGUCUCGAUAAAAUUGUUGGGCUUUGUUGUAGCUUGUUUGUUUGUUGGUCUAAUUGGAUUGGGACGGGUUUAUCUCGGAAUGCACAGCCCAAUUGAUAUUAUUGGUGGUCUGGGUCUAGGACUGGGGAUUCUUGCAACCUGGCUCUCCAUAUCUGAAUAUAUAGAUAAGUUUGUUGUUUCAGGUCAAAAUGUUAUAUCAUUCUGGGCCACCCUUAGCUUCUUGUUACUCUUUGCUUAUCCAACGCCUGAAUUUCCGACUCCAAGUUUUGAAUUUCACACAGCCUUCAAUGGUGUUGCCUUGGGAAUUGUGACUGGUAUCCACCAGACGUUUCAUCAAUUUCACCAUGAGAACGUUGCUCGCGUAUUGUCCCCUCAGCUUACUUUUCCUGCAUUCGUCGGAAGAUUACUAUUGGGAAUCCCGACAAUUCUUUUUGUUAAGUUUUGUAGUAAGGCCCUUGCGAAAUGGAUUCUCCCGAUUCUUGCAUAUACUUUUGGAAUUCCAAUAAGAUCAACAACUUAUGUACCGAACUUAAUGGUGGCUGAUAAGAGAUCAGACAAAAUAAAGCAAUCAGGCUAUCUCCAAAAAAUAUUCUUUUUCUCCAAGCAGACCUCAUUUGAUGUUGAUACUGGCAUAAGGCUCCUUCAGUACACUGGUCUGGCCUGGUCCGUUGUUGACCUUGUUCCUUCUAUGUUCACUCGCCUGGGCUUGUGAUGUUUGGAAUAUUAUGCCUGUAUAAUAGAUGGAUUAUCGCUUCACUUCCCUUCUUUUAACUUCUAUGGUUUGGAGGGUGAACUAGGCUGGCUUUAUGACUGAGAAUGUAGAUUGUACUUAUUUGUUUUUAUAUUGUAUAAUGACCUUAUUCAAAUUUUGUUGCUAUCAGUAGUUCAAUAUUAAUGGAAGUUCAGUUAUUUUUGCCUUUUCUAAAUUUUGCAAUUGCCUGAGAAUGUUUUGCAUGAGGCCAGG